CACAUACAUUUUAUAUUUCAUUUCCCACCACUAUUUGAGUAUAUAAAUAGGGGUGUUGUGGCUCAUCUUCAUUACAUAUCACAAGGGAAUUCUUGAAUUCUUGAGAACUUAAGUUUGAUAGCCAAAAUGAGCUUUUCAAAUUCAUCAAUGAGCUCUGGUAGAAGAACAUUUGAAUUUGGAGGUACAUAUGUGGUUAAGCCUAGAGGAAAGCAUCAGGCCACAAUAGUUUGGCUUCACGGCCUUGGUGACAAUGGGUCCAGCUGGUCACAGCUCUUGGAAAGCCUCCCUCUUCCAAAUAUAAAAUGGAUAUGCCCCACUGCUCCGACUCGCCCCGUUGCUAUACUAGGUGGAUUUCCUUGCACGGCAUGGUUUGAUAUGGGAGAGCUGUCUGAAGAAAGUUCAGAUGAUUUUGAAGGCUUGGAUGCCUCAGCAGCACACGUAGCGAACUUGCUCUCAACUGAGCAUGCCGGCAUAAAAGUUGGUGUUGGAGGGUUUAGCAUGGGAGCUGCAACAGCCCUCUACUCUGCGACUUGCUUUGCUCGUGGGAAAUACGAAAACGGCCGCGCUUACCCUAUCACUUUGAGGGCUAUUCUCGGCCUCAGUGGUUGGCUUCCCGGAGCCAGGAGCAUGACCACCAAGAUUGAUGGAUCGGCCGACGCAGCUAGACGCGCUGAGUCUCUUCCCAUCUUGCUAUCUCACGGACUUUGUGAUGAAGUUGUUCCUUACAAACAUGGCGAAAGAUCCUACCAAUCUCUUAGCAUGUCCGGUUUUCGAAAUCUGUCGUAUAAGACAUAUGAAGGGAUCGGACACUACACGGUGCCUCGAGAGAUGGAAGAUGUUAGCAACUGGUUAAAUACGGCGAUGCGGUUUUAGCAUUUACUCCACUCCCCUCGGCUUAACUCAGACUCAUCCAAAUACAAAAAUAAAAGAAUAUUGUACUAGGAUUUAUGGCUUGCGGUCUAACCACGGCUUUACUUUUCAUUGCAUUUUAUUUUAGUUUAGGUGUUUAGAGUAAAUUUUAGUUUAUGCAAGUGUUGUGUUUUUAUUAGCUUUCAUGGGAGAUUGUCUGAGUACAUGAUAAUAUUAGUGAAUUUAUUGAAAAUAUUA